UUAAAUUAAAAUGUUUCUAAAUCAAUGAUGAUCGGUAGUAUGGUACUUAUAAAAUAGAACUAUUGAAACGUUCAAAUAUUUGUUAUUCAUUUGAUUAAAAAAAAUCGAAAUUUAUUAUUGCUGUUUAAAUUUUAAAUUGUAAUCAAUUUUAUGCACAGUUUAGAAAACAAAAUGCUUAGAUCAAGUAAAAUAAAUAUAGGAGCUUGGUAUGCAGCAGAAUUGUCUUUAAGUUAUGGAAUUUAUAAUCACGCAUUUUCAUCAUGGUAAAAAAUAUGUCAUUAGUAAACCAUAAUUCAAUGCGCUGAGUACGUAUUUGCAUCAUUGUCAUUGAAAUAUGAAGUGUUUGCUGUUUGCUGUUUUUCUACUACAUUUUGGAUAUUACCAAUCAGAUAAUAUAUUAGCUUUUUUACCAACCUUUUAUCCAAAUAAUUAUGAUAUUUUUUAACCUCUCUUGGAGGAACUGGCUUUCAGAGGUCAUAAUGUUACUGUUGUAUCACCCUUUGUGCUUAAAGAUCCACCUCUAAACUAUCAUCACAUUGAUGUUUCAGUAGAAGAUGAAAAUUUUGAUUUUAAAAUGAAACAUAAUUUUGAAUACUUAAAUCCAUUCAUUAUUCUUAUUGUGAAUUUAUAUUUAGCACCUCAAAGGAUCUUACAAACGUUGAAUAAUACUAAAGUCAAAGAAUUUAUUUAUUCAGAUAAUUAUCAUUUUGAUGUUGUUUUGUUUGAUAAUAUUUAUCAACAUUGUUUUGUAACUUUAGGCCAUAAAUUUGGAGCUCAUGUAAUACAAUUAUUUUCAACACCACCAAUUGCUUUUUUUUCUCAAUGGCAUAGUCAACCAUUUAAUCCAUCUUUCAUACCAGAUCCUAAUUCUGGAUAUACCAAUUACAUGUCUUUUGUUACACGGUUAAUUAAUUUCCUUAGUACACUUCUACAAUUCAUUUUAUAUUCCAUAUUUUAUAUGCCUAAACAGAAUGAAAUUAUGUUCAAGUAUUUUAAUUAUACUGGUUGGGAAAAUAGACCAUCCAUUGAAGAAAUGACAAAAAACAUAUCAUUAUCAUUAAUUAACACACAUUUCACAAUUGGAACAGUUAAACCACUUGUUCCAAAUAUUAAAGAAGUUGCUGGAAUGCAUUUAAAGCCAGCUUUAAAACUGCUAAAAGGAUUACAGGAGCUUAUGGAUAAUUUGACUGAUGGUGUAGUAUAUAUUAGUUUUGGAUCAGUUAUUACUCCUACUCAAUUACUGAAGUAUCAAUUAAAAGUAUUUAUGCGUCAAUUAGGUCAGAUCAAGCAAAAUGUCUUAUGGGAGUGGGAGUCUAAUGAUUUACCAAAACUACCAUCAAAUGUUAUUGUCAACAAAAGCUUUCCACAAAAAGAUAUUCUUGGGCACCUUAAUUGUGUACUUUUUACUCCGCACAGUGAUAGUAUUCUCAAUACUGAAGAAGCAAUCUACUAUGGUGUUCCAAUGUUAACUAUAUCUGUUUUUGAAGAUCAACAAUAUAACUCAAUAAUGAUGGAAUCAAAAGGUGCUACUUUAAGAAUUAAGUAUGCUGAUCUUACUGAACAUCUUUUUCGUAAUAGCUUACACAAAAUAUUGAACAAUGCAUCGUUCAAAGAAAAUGCAAUAAAACUGUCAAAACUAUUUCAUGAUCAGCCAAUGAAACCAUUAGAUUUAGCCGUUUAUUGGGUUGAAUAUGUCAUAAGUCAUAAUGGAGCUCAUCAUCUCAAAACUGCUGGAAACCAAUUAAACUGGUUUCAGUUUAUGUUAAUAGAUGUCAUUUUUGAAUUUAUCAUUUUUAUACUGAUAUUUAUAUUUAUUUUGUAUUAUAUUUUGGAAAAAAUGUACAAAACUUUCAUGGAGUCUGAUGAAUCUGAUACAGAUACUGAUAAUAAUAAAAAAAAAGAAUAAGCAAGAGAUAUUUAGAUAAUUUUUUUUAAUUUACCACAAUAAACUAGAUUUUUCUGAUU